AUGGUCGCAGUGGGCCUCUGUGUGGGCCCUACCAUGAUCGAGGACACCAAUGUGUCGUGCAACGUGGGACGAAACCUUGCUGACCCAUCUGUUCUCGCCUCCUCCUCAGACGGGCUGGACAUUGCAGGUGAAGGAUUCGGCGCCCGACACGUGACGCAGACCGGCGGUGCUACUGAAAUGCCGAGCAUCUUGCAAGCAGUCAGCGCAAGCGGGAAAAUAUUACGGCAGAACAUGUGCCGCCCGUCCAUGGAAGUUUCCAAUACCACGAUUGCUCGAGUCAUCAUAUUGCAAGUGGUCCAGGACCAGGUCGACGAUUCUCACCUGCAGUCCCGCAGCAGCGGACCCACGUGCUGCGCGCCCAUCAGGGUUGCGCCGACAACCUCGACGACCCAGAGAUCAGGCUCGAAACUCACAGACUACUGGCAUCGAAACUCUCCGUAUCCGCCUUCCUGCAGCAAAAUGCUAUCCUGUGGCAUGCGAUUUUCCUCUUUCUGCCCAGACUCCGAGAAAACACCCUUGCGGCCUGGACGCACCGUUAUCCGUCUGGGCAACACCAGCCUCUUCAGCUCAAACGACUGCUACACCCUUUCAUCCAAUCGCGACGCCGCCAUGUGUGACUACACUGCAAAACCCUGCUAG